GACCUCUUUACCCAGCUACUAGUGAAGACGAAGAAGAAGCUCAAAGCCUCAAAACCCCUGUGAGCGUUUCAAAUGGCGAAAGGUGACGACGCGAUCAGGAAGAAGCUGAACAAGGCCAACCGCAAAAAGCUCCGCAAGGACGACCGCUCUUCCUCCUCCGUCACCGCUCGCGUCGCCUCCAUUAUCGCCGCCAAGAAGCGCCGCCAGUCCGGCAAACGCCGCAAAUGCCAGGGUAUGUGCUUUAGCCUCCCUACACUGGAGGAUCCCUACAAUGACAGGAGUGGUAAGAAGGAAUUUGAAAAACUUAGCAAGAAAGUCAUCCUUCCGCACAAGGAUGAGACCGAGUUUCUCAGGGAGAAAUGUAGAGAGAUUAUGAGAAAGAAUGACAAGGCGAAGAAUCCAGGGCUGAAAAAUAUCAAGGUCACGAGUUUGAAGAAUGAGCAGAAGAAAUCGCUCUCGUUUGCCUCUAUUGGUAGUGCAGAACAGAGAGGCGGAAUUGGCGCAGUGAAGACAAAUACUCAGCGGGAACAGGCCCGCGGAGACUUGGAUUGUCCGUCCAAGUAUCUGAUUCGGUGUUUGAAUGAAAUUGAGAAUUCACUGCGAUGUGAUGGUACCUAUUGUCAUGAGGAGGAUAAGCCUUUAUUUGUUAGUACUUGGGGAGUUGAGUUUUGGAAAUCUUAUUCAGCUGGGAAGGAUAUAUUAGAGAGUGGUGGAAGUUCUUCAACAAUAGAGCAAAUUGCAUGGAUUGUUUCCAGUGCUGCUGAUUCGAUUUCUAGAAAGGACGAAGAAAGUCCAUCAGCCACCGGUCCAUUUCUUUUAUUCCUUGUUGCAUCUCAGGAGAAAGCGGCCAAGGUACGGUCAGUGUGCAAACCUUUGAAGGUUCUCGGAAUACAUACAGUGAGUAUACACCCGGGUGCUUCCUUAGAUCACCAGAUUCAAGGUCUGAAGAGUUCGGAGCCUGAGUUUAUGAUCUCAACACCUGAAAGGCUCCUGGAGCUUCUUUCCUUGAAGGCUAUUGAUCUAUCAGGGGUGUCCUGGCUGAUUGUUGAUGGACUGGAAUCUUUUCAAGAACAAGGUUAUUUUGAUAAAUUAAAUUCCAUCCGGAAUUAUGUAACCAAAACAACCCGUGCGGUUGUUUUUGACGAUUGUCUUCGACACGAGUGUGUACCAGUGGUGCAAAGUCUUCUGACCGGCUCCGUCUGUAAAUUAUCGCGUAAUGAUUCUGUCACCAGUGAAAGUGAAUGCAUCGUUCAGUCAGUAAACAUGACUUGAUUAAAAGACAAAUGAUCAAAUGUUUCUCAAAUAACUAGUUUAUGUAUGAGUUGAAACGAAUGUAUUUCAGGUCAGCUCCUUUUUUUUUUUCACGAGGCCACUAUAGACUGCUUUAUUUUAUAAAAAUGUUUUUUUUGUAUAUAAUGUUUUUUAAUCUUAG